AUGUCUAGACCUGCAACUCCAACGCUUUCGCAAAACUCACAUUCACGAGCCGGAUCUACCAAGUCAGAUUUGGAAGAUGUCGAAGCCGCCGCCCCACCAGAGCCCGAACAGCCGCCUCGAUACUCUAUUUACACGACAUGGGAGAAGCGGUUCAUCGUCUUGGGUGCCUGUUUGGCUGCAUUCUUCUCGCCAUUUACCGCUCAGAUCUACCUGCCCGCCCUGCCGGUCCUGGCUCACGAUUUCAACGUUUCCGACUCCGACAUCAACAUCACUUUGACAACCUACAUGAUCUUCCAAGGAAUCAUCCCCAUGUUCAUCGGAUCGCUAGCAGACAACAGCGGCAGACGACCUGCCUAUGUCAUCUGCUUUGUGGUUUACAUCGCCGCCAACAUCGGCUUAGCGUUAUCUCAGAACUUCGCCUCCUUGCUCGUCGUCCGGUGCCUGCAGUCAGCUGGCUCUAGCAGCACUGUUGCCCUGGCCUCUGCAGUUGUCGCCGACAUUGUUACGUCCGCGGAAAGAGGGCAAUACAUCGGAAUCACGGUGGUUCCGAUCGUUUUGGCGCCAGCGUUGGGUCCAGUCCUCGGCGGUAUCUUGACCCAGUUCCUCGGUUGGAGGUCCAUCUUCUGGUUUCUCGCCAUUCUAUCAGGCGUCUUCUUCAUCGCUCUCCUGCUGUUCUUCCCAGAAACGUGCCGCAUGAUUGUCGAUGACGGCUCCGUCCGGCCUCCGAAACUGUAUCGAACUGGCUAUCAGCUGCUGAAAGACUUCUUCAUGGCCAGGAAAGCGGAUGGCGCCGCAGUCACAAGGACGACGACAGGAGGGACGUCAAACACGGCAAAGCCUUCUUUGAAGUUCAAGAUGAACCCGUUUGCGUCGCUUGUUCUACUAUUCCACAAGGAAAUGGGAUUGCUCCUGGGCUUCAGCGCGAUCGUCUUUGCCGGUUUCUACGCCAUUGCCGCCUCCAUGCCGACCCAGUUCGAGCAGCUCUACGGCUUCGACAGUUUGAAAGUCGGCCUCAUGUAUCUGCCUCUGGCAGGCGGCUCCGUCGUCGCUGGCUUCGUCGUUGGCCCUCUGAUCAACUGGAACUAUCGGCGACACUGCAAACGCCUGGGCAUUUCUUACGACAAGUCUCGCCAGCAAGACAUGGCCGGCUUCCCCAUCGAGAAGGCCCGCCUCGAGGUCGGAAUUCCCCUGUUGUACUUCAGCUCCAUCUUGCUCCUCAUCUGGGGAUGGGUUCUGCACAUCGGCGCCCCCGUAGCCGUCCCUUGUGUGUUGCUCUUCCUCUUUGGAGUGGGCAUGAUCGGAUUCAAUAACACGACGAACACGCUCAUCGUCGACAUUCACCCAGGCAAGGCCGGGACUGCCACGGCAGCCAACAACUUCACGAGGUGCCUCCUUGGCGCCGCUGCGACCGCCGCCAUCCUGCCGAUGAUCAACGGCAUUGGCGUUGGCUGGGCAUUCACCGUAUUAGCCAUGUUCUACAUUGUGUUCAGUCCAGCCUUGUUGGCUGUCAUGUACUGGGGAGUCAAGUGGCGCCAAGCUGCGAAGGAGAGAGAAGAGAAGAAGAAGAUGGACAAGGCUUGA